AUGAGGAAAAUAUGUCGUGGCGUUCACCAGCACGGUUGCCCGAUUUCUCCUCACAAUGUAGCCUCCCCAGACACAUCCUGUUACCAACCUUUUUCCUUCUGCUCUCCUAUCCCCCUCCUUAACUCCCCCACCCAACCAAACUCUAACACACCCAUCGACACUCUCCCAUCUCCCCACACUGAACCUCAUGUGAUCCCCAGCCCAGAACCUCUAAAGAACCCUGAACUGAACUACAGCCCCACGUCACCCUCCCCGAGUAAUGCAACUACUAACCAGUGCUACCCGAACCUACCAGGCCAGUGUUUGUGCGGCACUGCAAGCGCGCGACCUUAUCGACACAAGCGGGCAGCGCAUUCCUCCUCGGCCGCCCGGCGUCAAAAUCCCCUCUCAAGACCCAGACACUCAUCAUCAACAGAGAUGAGCAACAAAGAAACACAAGUAACGCCUACACGCAACCACACUAGAAAUAGCAAAAGGAGAAAAAAGUGA